AUGUUGCUUUGGUUGACGUCAGAAGCUUCUCGAUUUUGCUGUCAUGAUAACGAACCAUUAGAUCAACACAAAAUCACUCUCAGCACUAAAUUUUCCAAUGCUGCUUCAUUAGCAGCACAUUUAAAUAUUCAUAGAGUGACGACAAAUCAGAGGCCUUGUUAUCAGUUUGAAAGCUUUUUUUUUAAGGAAGUUCAACAGACGAUACAGAUUAAAAAUGGUGACCACUUGAUCUUUUCACCUUUCGAAUAA